AAAGUCUUCACUUAAGGAUUUUAGCUGCUAUGUUUGCUCAAUGUUGAGAGAUAUGUGUGCAUUCACGUACAGUUUAUAUACCUGCUACCUCACUGUUUUCAGGGUGGCAUUUUUUUUUUUUCCAAGUGCCUACAAACUUGUUGAAUUGAUCUUCCAGAUUGGGGCAUAGAAUACAAGAUUUAUAAAAUACCAUGUUUGAUUAUUCAUCUAGGAUCUAGAUGUCUGGAGAUUUUUUUGGCUACCCAAGAUGGGUUAAGAUUUUGAUCUUGCUCUACCAAUACGUACGUGGACCUAGAAUUAUUUUACAAAACAAUGAGUUAGAAAUUGAAGCAAGGGAACCUGAAUCAUGUUAUUUAUGUCAUGCACUAUUUGUUAGGCAGCUAGAAAAGAUCAGUUUACUUUAUAUAAGAUACACUCUUUUAUUUAUUUAUUUACUUUUGUGCGUGUGGGGAUGGAACACUCAAAUUAUAGAUGCUCAUAGGCAAAGGAUAGUCAAUUGGAUCAAUGCCACAGGGGGUACUUCAUCAGCAUUUGAUGUCACAACAAAGGGAAUCCUCCACUCUGCUCUGCAUAAUCAAUACUGGAGAUUGAUAGAUCCUCAAGGCAAACCAACUAGAGUUAUGGGAUGGUGGCCUUCGCGUGUUGUCACAUUUCUAGAGAACCAUGAUACAGGAUCAACACAGGGUCACUGGCCAUUUCCACGAGAUAAGCUUGCACAGGGAUAUGCCUAUAUUCUGACCCAUCCUGGAACAGUAAGUUCUUUGCCACUCAAUUGCUUGAGUGUAGCCUUCAUUCCAUUAAAGCUUCCAUAA